ACACAGGCCUCUAAACAGUGACGAAUAAGGAAACGUGAAGGAGAAAGACGGCACCGAUGAAAAACCGUGCACCUGAAUGAUGGCUGCCUCAGGGAAACUGACUUCUUUACGCCUGCCUCCGUUGCCGACUGUCGGCGAGCUGAUAAAGCUCUACAAACUGCGCGCAGAGAAACAGCUGUCCCAGAACUUCUUGCUGGACUUGAAGCUCACAGACAAAAUAGUGCGUCAGGCGGGCAGUUUGACUGAUGCAUAUGUGUGCGAGGUGGGGCCUGGUCCCGGGGGCCUUACUCGCUCCAUCCUCAACGCUGGAGUGGCGGAUCUGCUCGUUGUGGAGAAAGAUUCACGCUUCAUCCCUGGGCUGAAGUUGCUGUCCGAGGCGGCACCAGGCAGGAUGAGGAUCGUCCACGGCGACAUUCUCACCUACAGGAUGGAUCGAGGAUUCCCAGCAGGCAUCUCCAAACCGUGGGAGAAAGACCCGCCGAACCUUCACAUCAUAGGGAAUCUACCGUUCAACGUCGCGACCCCGCUCCUCAUCAAGUGGCUGGAGAGCAUAGCCAACAGGACGGGGCCCUUCAGCUACGGUCGCACCAGGCUCACGCUCACUUUCCAGAAAGAGGUGACAGAGAGGCUGACAGCCAGCACAGGCAGCAAUCAGAGGAGCCGCCUUUCCAUCAUGGCUCAGUAUCUGUGCACCGUCCACAAACGCUUCAUCAUCCCUGGACGGGCCUUCGUCCCUAAACCAAAGGUGGACGUUGGAGUCGUUCACUUCACUCCUCUGGUUGAGCCGCAGAUCCAGCAGCCCUUCAAGCUGGUGGAAAAAGUCGUCAGGAACGCUUUCCAGUUCCGCAGGAAGUACUGCUUUAAAGGACUCGAAAAGCUGUUCCCCGAGGCGCGUCGCGACGAGCUGACGCAGGAGUUGAUGCGGAAGGCAGACGUGGACCCCGUUCUCCGCCCGACAGAGCUCACCAUACCCCAGUUCAGGGCCCUAGCGGAUUCCUACGCUCAUCUCUGCGAGCGCGAGGCCGGCCUCUUCCACUACGAGUUCAGAGAGGAGCUCAGACUGAAGCACCUGGCCAGGAAAAGAAAUGUGCCUGUAGAGGCUUUAAUGGAGGCGGCAAGCGUCACGCCACAGGGUCCGCUGAAAAUCUGCUGAAGCAAGCAUGGGAACGGAGAACGGCCCACUAAUAGCUUCUGUUAGCGUGGGGAAACAACGGACUGCUCUUAGCAUUGACGUUCCCACCUGGCAUAAGCAUGCAUUUUUAAACAUUUUCACUGCACCCAGGGAGCAAUAGGUUAUUCUGUGUACAUGGAAUCCUGGAAACAAGGCACAGAGAGAUAAAAAAAAAACAUUUUCUAGGAUGCAACACCCCACAGCAAAGUCAUGUGUGUAGGAGAGGAUAAAGAAAGCAAGUAGUAUCUCUUUAUGUCCCAAUUCUUAACUUCAUAUCCAUCUCGCAUAACACCGCGUCCUGUGGGAGCUGAAAGAAACAUCAGGAGUGUUUUCAGGACAAUUUAGAGAAUGAGAACAACAUGGCAGCACCACAUCCAGGCCAUUUUCCCCUCCUUACACUGUGUACUCACCUACUCACCUGGGAGAUGGAGCCUUAAGGGCCAAAGAAAGUGCUGUGAAUUUAUCCACAAAGACUCUCAUGCUAAAGGAAGACGUCUCCUAUUAAAAACAUUUUUUUGUUUUAAUGUUUGAGUGAUAUUAUGUAAGCUCUGUAUGUUUGCCCGUUAUUGUACAUCUGAAGCCUCAGGAUGCCAAAUUAAAUUCUGGCUGCUAAACGAAUCAAGUUUUGGUACUUAACUCCAAAAUAUCGACAACUGUGUAUUUUGGGAAAUAUUAUAAAUGGCGUGUCUUUUAAGUUCA